GGAGGGGGCGGGGCUUUCCGUUCAGCGAAGGGCAGGGCUAUCCCGCGCUGCUUCCCUGGCCAAAGUAGGUCGGGAGUGGGAGGCGGUGGCUGCUUCCCCUAGUGUUGGGAAGAUGGCGCCGCCGGUGACGGAACGGGGACUGAAGGGCGUCGUGUGGGAGAAAAUAAAAGCAACAGUGUUUGAUGACUGCAAAAAAGAAGGAGAAUGGAAGAUAAUGCUUUUAGAUGAAUUUACUACUAAGCUUUUGGCCUCAUGUUGCAAAAUGACAGAUCUUCUAGAAGAAGGCAUAACUGUUGUAGAGAAUAUUUAUAAGAAUCGCGAACCUGUCAGACAAAUGAAAGCUCUUUAUUUUAUCUCUCCAACAUCAAAGUCUGUAGAUUGUUUUUUACGUGAUUUUGGAAGUAAAUCAGAGAACAAAUAUAAAGCAGCGUAUAUAUACUUCACCGACUUUUGUCCUGAUAGUCUCUUUAACAAAAUUAAGGCUUCCUGCUCCAAGUCAAUAAGAAGAUGCAAAGAAAUAAAUAUUUCCUUCAUCCCACAUGAAUCUCAGGUGUAUACUCUUGACGUACCAGAUGCAUUCUAUUACUGUUAUAGUCCAGACCCUGGUAAUGCAAAUGGAAAGGAUGCCAUUAUGGAAGCAAUGGCUCAGCAAAUAGUUACAGUAUGUGCCACCUUGGAUGAAAACCCUGGAGUAAGAUAUAAAAGUAAACCUCUAGAUAAUGCCAGUAAACUUGCACAGCUUGUUGAAAAGAAGCUGGAAGACUACUACAAAAUUGAUGAAAAGAGCCUAAUAAAGGGUAAAACGCAUUCUCAGCUCUUAAUAAUUGAUCGUGGCUUUGAUCCUGUGUCCACUGUCCUACAUGAACUGACCUUUCAGGCAAUGGCAUAUGAUCUACUACCAAUUGAAAAUGACACAUACAAAUAUAAAACAGAUGGGAAAGAAAAGGAGGCAAUCCUUGAAGAAGAAGAUGACCUCUGGGUCAGAAUUCGACAUCGGCAUAUUGCAGUUGUAUUAGAGGAAAUUCCGAAGCUUAUGAAGGAAAUUUCAUCAACAAAGAAAGCAACAGAAGGAAAGACAUCACUUAGUGCUCUCACCCAGCUGAUGAAAAAAAUGCCACAUCUCCGAAAACAGAUUACUAAGCAAGUUGUUCAUCUUAAUUUAGCAGAAGAUUGUAUGAGUAAAUUCAAGCUUAAUAUAGAAAAGCUCUGCAAAACUGAACAGGACCUGGCACUUGGAACUGACGCAGAAGGACAGAAGGUGAAAGACUCUAUGCGAGUACUCCUUCCAGUACUACUUGGCAAAAAUCACGAUAACUGUGAUAAAAUAAGAGCAAUUCUACUUUAUAUCUUCAGUAUUAAUGGCACUACGGAAGAAAAUCUGGACAGGUUGAUCCAGAAUGUAAAGAUAGAAAAUGAAAGUGACAUGAUUCGUAACUGGAGUUACCUUGGUGUUCCCAUUGUUCCCCAAUCUCAGCAAGGCAAACCAGUAAGAAAGGAUCGGUCUGCAGAAGAAACUUUUCAGCUCUCUCGAUGGACACCUUUUAUCAAAGACAUUAUGGAGGAUGCUAUUGAUAAUAGGUUAGAUUCAAAAGAAUGGCCAUAUUGUUCACAAUGUCCAGCAGUAUGGAACGGCUCAGGAGCUGUAAGUGCUCGCCAGAAACCAAGAGCAAACUAUUUAGAAGACAGAAAAAAUGGGUCAAAGCUGAUUGUUUUUGUCAUUGGCGGGAUUACAUACUCUGAAAUGCGUUGUGCUUAUGAAGUUUCUCAGGCACAUAAAUCCUGUGAAGUUAUCAUUGGUUCUACGCAUAUUUUAACACCCAAAAAGCUGUUGGAUGAUAUAAAGAUGCUGAAUAAACCCAAGGAUAAAAUCUCUUUUAUAAAGGAUGAAUAGCAUUUUCCUUUCUCUCUCUCUCUCUCGGUUUGGAGUCUUAUUAAUAUGUUCAACUAAACUAAAAUAGAACAAAAAAAUGUUGCUGUCAUGUAAUUUAAACAAUGUAAAUAUUUUAUGGAAUAAUGGCUUUUCAAAUGCUUUUC